UCGGACAGUCGCCUCGUCUCCUCCGCCUGCAGCGCGUCACGGAGGCGAAGGAUGCCGUGAGAUUUCCCACUGGCCCUCAAACGGCACCUGGUUGCGAGUGAACCGGGGGGGGUCGGGAGGGGGGGUGGGGGGAAGGAGGUGGUGGAGAGCUGGGGGAACGGACGGCGGAUAAAUGACGUGAUGGUUCCGGUUGAAGAGCGAGCGGAGAGGGGCUCCUGACCGGCGCUGGAGAGGAGAUCACCGGACUUCAUUGUGUGUGAGUGUGUGUGUUAGGUGUGUGUGUGUGUGCGUGCGUGGAGCCGCCGCGUAUGAUUCUGGACCAGCCGCAGUUAUCUGAAAAAAAGAAAGAAGAAAGAACCGGGCUCAAACAGGCUCAAUUAGCUGUGUAGCUGCCGUGGGCUCAGGGGUUUUCCCAGGGGGCUUUGCAGCACUGUUGAAGAUGCCAUACCCCAGAUGGUGACUUCUACAGGUAAGGAGUUCCAGCGAGAGGAGGUUUCGAGAGCGACGCUCCGCAGGCCCGUCAUGGUUUCCCACCUCCUCACCCCCCUCCGUCAUCUCUGCAUCUCCCGUUGUCGUCUAAUGGUUUGAUGGAGAGCUGGUCGAAUGUCAGCGGGAACUAUCGUCAUAUCCGGAGGAAUUCUCGCCGGAGUGAUACUGCUCUGCAUCGUCGCAGUGCUCUGUUACUGUCGACUCCAGUAUUACUGCUGUAAGAAAAAUGACUCCGAGGUGGACAGGGGCUCCGGGGUGGAGGCCGACCCCCUCUCCCACUUUCCCUGCAACGCGUGCAACGCCCUCGCCAUGGACGGCGCCGCCAUCACCCCCGUCUCCCUGGAUCAGCUGGAGACGGGCUCCCACCACAGCCACUGUCCCACCUGUUCGCCGUACCCCGUCCGCUCGGGACUCGCGGACAACGCGCGCAACGGCGGGGAGCGGCUGGGCUUCCACACGUACUACGAGAACCCGUCCGUCUCCCUCCCCCUGUCGGCCAACCCGCCGGGCUCCUCGCCGCUGAGCUACUACAAUCCCACGGACAUGUUCCCUCCACCGCCGCGCCCCUACAGCACCGACGUCUAACGAACAAACAUAUAGAAAGUCGUUACUUGAGCACGCCGGACAUUUACACGCGUCGAGCACAUAGCCCUUUGGUUGGGGACUCAAAAUUCGGGGGAUGUAUUUACAAUACAGCACAGUGACACUCACAUUGCCCACAUUGCUGCACAUGCUCACUUCAGCCACACAGACUCGUUCAUCCGAGGAACGUGGCCCAUAAACUGAGCAGACCCUCCGCGUGGGCGACGAGUCCACGGACCGACCAGCCCCUGGCGGAGCAGCAGGCAGCAGCGCUAACAUGCCGAUAUAAUCGGCACGGAUGUGGCACAGUACUGAAACGUGUCUUUGUAGAUCGGAUCACCGGUGUGAUCCAGUCCACAUUUAGGUGUGAACACACGGGUGCGGUCAUUGGAAGGUGGUCACGGACACACGUGACCAUGCCUGUACUUUAUAGUGUGAUCACACGAGGGGGCCCCCACACGCACUACAGGACCACCAAGUCAUUUGUUUUCAUUGUUCCCAUGAAAAGCUUAUUGUAAAAACUAAAAGUAUUGGGAUUUAGAGUAGACGCUUGGGUCAUAGCAAAACAGUUCAUGAAUGAAAUAAAACCAAACAACUUAAAUUCCACCAUAAGUUUCGGUUGCGCUUCACGUAAUGGGUUCAUUUCAAAAUAAUUCUCCAGAAGUUUUCUGGAUGUCACAAUGUAUUUUUAGUUCCCAUGGUAAGAAAUGUUGUAAUUUCCUUACAAAGAAAAAAAAUGAAAGUGCAAAAGGCUGUUAGAAACUCAAGUGAAUAUUAAUUGAUAAUCUAUUAUUAUUAUUGAGAACUUUAUUCUCCUCAUACAGUAUGUUGAAUCGUACGCUUGCCUGUUCACAGUUUCCCCUCGUUCAUUUCAUUCACUUGCACUGUCUAAAUAACUCUCUAGGUUACACUGACAUUUAUAAUAUAAAGGAUUUACUAUUUUCCCUAAAACCAAGCACCAUUCAUACAUCUUAAAGACAACCAGAAGGAAACGAUGCAGCCAUAAAAGAAAGUAAAACGUGUGCCCUCUGCUCCACUUGCUGUAAAAAGUGACACUGGCAAAAUGAAAAAGUUAAGACACAAUAUUUCCAGAAAAAUACAGUAAUAUUUGAUUGGACAUGAAAGGCAACAAAGAUCAGCCCCAUUAUCUGUCAAAAACCUGACUCCUACACAGGACUGUUUAUCAAGUAGGAAAAAAACAAAAACAGGCUGAGUGAUUUGACAAACCUUGAAAACAAAAAUAGUUGAUUUGUCUUUAGAAUAGAUGGUCCGCUGGUUCUGAACAGCCGUGUAAAUCCCCUUUUCCUUACCGUGUGGAAGUACAUUUGUAUUUUUUUUUCCUGUGCCAAGCACCAGUCACAUUUUUUCUACACGCGAUCGAGCCAAAUUGCUCAAUAUCGCAGACUCGCCUCCUUGUGGCUUUAGGCGUGAGGUGAAACGUGUGAUCCCGAGGACGCCUUUCUGCAAACACAUUGCUUUUGCUGACGUCCAUCUUCACUUUGUGAAUAUAUCUGGUUGCAGAGUGCUGAAUCUAAAACCUGGAACACCGCCACUUCUUUGGUUUCUAUUACCCCCCCCCCCCCCCCCCCCCCCACACACACACACACACACACACCUCCUGCCUGCUAGUGUUAACUGAAACGCCCGACAGCCUGAGAACCCCCCCACCUCCCACCCCAAGCACUCCAGCUUACCACGCAUGAGGGCUAACAGUUUUUCUACGAGCACGCUCGUUUGCCAACUAUAGAAACUGUGAGUUUUUGUCCGCGGGGGGGGGCACAAAGAGCCAGGGAGACAUUUAUUAAGCAUUUUUUGUGCAUCUUGCACAAAUAUUUCAAGGAGCCUAGUGUUACGGCCCCUCUUUGAAGGAAAAGAAGAGUGCAACGAAAACAUCAAAUAUAUGCAGGAGUCGAAAUGAAAUGUAUGAAUUUACUUAAGUGUAUUACAAACAGUUAGUUCAACAGAUUGUGCGACACGUAGACAAAGGAGUGGGGGGAAUGAGACGGGGCGCUGGUGCCAAAUAAUUGAAAUGAAGAAAACAAAACAAGGCCUAACUGACGACUAUCACACAAAGAAACUGUUCAGAAAACAAAGACCUAGCUGACUUAUCUAAUAAAGGGCUGCACAAAGAAAUACACACGUGGCACCGACCCACAAUCCCAGUGGGUCGAACACGAACCACCUGCGGUCUUGCUACAUGUAAGGGUGCCCAACUCAACCUACCAGUCCACGAUCUCCCCCGCCACAGAAAUACAUUAGUUUCACAGCUAUUCGGCACCCCAUAAUACUCGUCUCGCAGACAGAGAGCAGAAUGAACAUUAAAAACGGCAGGCGAGAGGCAGGAUCCUGAGACUGGGCCCUUUUUUUUAAAUGGAGCAGACCAACGUCCGAUUGGACCAUUGACAGGCGGACUCCAAUCAGGUCAUAAGUACCUGGAGGGAAAACUGAAAGGGACACACACACACACACACACACACACACACACACACACACAACCAGCCCUCUCACUCUGCUUGGCUACCUAGUUUCAGUCUCUUGGGAGAGGAGGAAGAAAAAAAAGUCCACAACAAAAGUGUGACUUUUGUUUGCUUCUACUUUCACUUCAGGCGAAUUGAAACCAAGAGCUGGUUGAUUUCGCGGUGUCUUCCGUACGAUUUGAUGUGUUUGAAAUGAGUCUUUGUCCAUGUUUACAGAUUGAAGUGAACAAGAUACUAGGUUCAUGUAAGCGUAGGUUUUUGUAUAUCUACAGUAUAAGCCAUUGUGUAUCUGCUAUACAGUACAGUAUCGGGAUGCCGUGUUAUUCCACAGUAUAUGCCUGAAUCUAUUUAUUUUUUACGGAGUAUCGUAGUGUUUGUGCAGGACGUGAGGGGUAACGGUGUGUUUUAGUGACUUUGUUCCGAAUGUGAGUUUCUCCACACUCUUCCAUUAUCACUCCAUGUUGAUCGCAACUGGACAGUGGGGAGAUAAUGGACAUUUACAUUUGGAAACGAAGGUUUGACUUUAUCUAGUUAUCAAACAUUGAGAUAAAUACAUGGAAGAAAAAAAUGGUCUUUAGAAAAAAAAACAACAGAUAAAAGAUUUAUUGGUCAAAAGACAUAUUUAAGGUAUUUGUUCACUAUAUUGUCACGUCACAAUGUUUCCACCAAAGCUGUUGGAUUCACUAUCACGUCUCCCAGCUUUUCUUCUCCUCUCCUCCCAUUGUUGUGCAUAAGUAUGUGCUAAAUUAUAUAUGUAAAAUUACUUUUUUGUUCAUUCACCACCACUUUCAGAUCCACUCGCUCAACACGCAGUUUGGUGAAAGAGGUUUAGCUUUUAGGUCGUCGCACCACUGCUGUAUCAGAACUGACAUGAGCACCUUUUUUUAAAUUUUCAGGUUCAUGCUUUUGUUCUAACGGUUAAAAAAAAUGUAUUUUUCAGAUUUUUAUGUAUGAAACUAGAAUUGUUAUACCCUGAUACAGUAAAAAAAAAAAAAAUCCACCAUGUUUCACAAAUUGUUCCCUUUUUUGAGGAGGAAUAAAUGUUUGUACAUCU